GUGGUUUUGCCUGAGAUUAAAAUGAACUUUUUCUCAGUUCCUCUUAAAGGAAAGCACGAUCUGUCUGUCACUGCAACUCAGUAUUUGGGAUAACUCUUCAUAACUAUCCACGCAGUCAUGUGUUUGUGUGUAUCGCUGGACGUGAACUGAAACGCUGAUUGGUAGAGGUGGAACCUGUGCGCUUUAGAGCAAGAGUCUGCGCUUUGGAGAACAGAAUCCAGUACAGCGGAGGGAAAUGGCUCCCAGUUCAUAAUUUGACAGGACAUCUUCGGGGUGUUGUCUAAAUAAAAGGAAGUAGCCUUGAACUCUUUGUGCAGAGGAAGCCUAGCAGCAUGUACGAGAACAGAUCUGAAGAUGCUGGAUGUGAACCAGCUGUCAGCGGUCCCACCGCCCACAACCGCGCAGCGUCCAGAGAGGGCACCGUUGUGGAGCGGCUGUCGAAGUAUGGCAUUCAGGUCAUGCCCAGUGCUUUCCAGCGUAGGUCGAGGCUGCAGAGGCAGCAAGAAGUCAGUGACAGCUGCACUCCGGGAGGACUGCAGAGGGAGGCUCCGGAGAGGAGCUCUCUCACUCCCGCUAUGCGUAAAAAGUACCUGAAGGAGCUGCUUUUCAGUAACUCUUCUAACAGCGGCUUCAGCAGCGUGCUGUCCACGCAGACCUACAGCGUGUCCUCCGAGCAGGACACGGACUGGGCUCUCUCCCCGAUGGAACACGCGUGGAUGCUGUCGGCGGUGGAGGGCAGCUAUGAGACCAUACUGGAAUUCAUCUCCGAGGACCCGCAUCUGCUCACCAGGAGGGACUUCAUCAGCGGGUACUCGGUGCUGCACUGGCUGGCCAAGAGAGGACAGGACGAGACCCUGAUCAGACUGCUGCGGUACGCGGACGGAGCCGGCAUCCCUGUGAACGUGAACCUGCGGGGCAGCGGGGGUCUCACUCCCCUGCACGUCGCCAGCAUGCACAGCCAAUACAUGGUGAUCAAGCUGCUGGUCGGAGCCUACGGAGCCAACGUGGACGUCAUGGACUACAACGGGAAGAGAGCCUGGCAGUAUCUGAGGGGAGACGCCCCGCUGGAGAUGAAGGAGCUGCUGGGGACCUGGGACGAUGAAUACAGCAGUGUUCGAUGUGCGCAAAACGUCAACAAAAACGGAAACAACAACUGCGCUGGCGCAGAGAACCUGACCCCAUGUGAGGAGGUCGACGAAGGAAAGAGAGAAGUGAACUACUUUGACCGGACUAAGAGAGGAGGCAGCUGGAGGCUUGGCUCCAUAAGAAAGCUGCUGCCCUCCUUUGCAUUUCUUGGGAACAAAACAUGAGUAGGUAUUAAGCAGGCUUUGCACUAUUUGCAUUAUUUCUGCAUUUACGUCACUAUUGUGGUUCUCCAGUCUAUAAAGGUCACAAGUCACUGGACAAGUGAUUUUUCUUGUAAAUCAGUUGGAAGAGCUCUGACUGCAGUGAGAAUAUCUUCUUUCCAAUACAAAUCAAUGUUUUCCCAAUUCUAGUUUUUCUCGUUCUUCAGAAACAUGCUUGUUUCGUCUUGUUCUUCCAAGAUACAAGCACCAAGUCCUUGUAAUUUCCUGAAACAAGCUCAUUUCCACGAUAUUUUAGGAUCUAAUUACAGACACAUUUAGUAAGAAGAUUAAAAGUGAAGACUAAAGGGUGAGAGACACUUUGUUCCACAAAUGGUUACUCCUUCUUGUCAGAUGCCUCAAGCUUCUAAAAAUACUUCUACAAUCCAAAAGGGAAAACAACUCCGUCUCCACACAAACAGCAUUUGAAUGGGCCUCAAACCAAAAGCAUUGGGAGCCACUACAUUACUUUUUUUUUAAACAAUCCACUUAUCAAUGCUGUUUUCAAUGCAGCACUUCAGUCAUCUGGUCCAAUCAAAAGUUACUGACAAAUAAAUCCUGAAAAAUGUCACUGAA